AUGCAGUUCUCCAUCGCCGCUCUCCUCGUUGCCGCCGCCAGCGCUCUCGCUGCUCCCGACCGCGGCAGCAAGCCAUCCCGACCUGACCGCAUCGACAACAACAGAAACCACCAGAGCGUCACCAUCACUUGCACAGGUGGCUCUUCUUACUGCUGUUCUCCUGAGUACGGCAACGACCAUUUGUUCAGCCACUACACAUGCUAUUCUGCCUUGACCAACAGCUGCAACGCCGGUGGUAUCAUUGUUUGCUGCAACCAGGUUGCCCAGGGAGUUAAUAUCAACCAGAAGCAGAGGUGCUCUGCCUUCGGCGACACCAAGGUUAUCUAUGUCUAA